CGCACGCCACGACAACAGAAAGGGGGAGACCGAGCUGCCGGAGAGAGAGAGAGAGAGAGAGAGGGGCGAGAGGGACGGCAGAGAACAUGCCGACGACCGUCGCGUUUCUACCCCCCGUCUUCGUUCCUCACGUGACCGCGGCCUCCUCCUCCGUUUCGCUGUCUCUCUGCUGCCGUCCGUCGGCGUCUUUACGUUCCCCUUCCGGUUCCCCCUUUGAACCCUCGAAGCCCCGGUUGCCCAUCAUCGUCGCCUGCACCGCCGCUCCGUUCAAUGAAUUCGAGGCCAAGGUCAGAGCCCAGAAGCAAUUGUGCAAGGUAGCUGAAUUUUCAGAAUCAACCUGCCUGGGGGUGGAAGAAACUAUUCACUGUGAUGGUGCCUUAAAUGUUGGAAAAGAUGAAUGUGCAGAAGUUGUCGAGAACACUUGGAUUCAGUUUCAGCCUCUCGUAUCAGUCCCAUGGGAUUCUCUUGCAUGCCUUCUUUUCUGGUGCAUGCUCUUGGGCCACCACCUUAGAGGCCUCGAGUACCUGUUGGAGCUCAUGCAACUUUUCAGAGAGUCUGUCAAAGUAGAAACUAUAUCCCAAGAAGGUGACAAUGAUGCUCGAGAGCUUCAGACGACUCUAAUUUUUUCGGUUGGCCGAAGAAGGCUGUUUGAUGAGCCAAACGUCUUUGUCGGAUUCUCCCAGCGUUUAGUCAGUCCUUCCACUCGACAACUGGAGAGCUGCCCGAGUGUUAAUGCUUGUCUCCCGGCAUGAAGGUGGGUGCGUUUGUCUGGGAUGUCAUGAUUGCAUGCAGCGCAGUGGGAGCAAUUGUCCCAUGACGAUCUUUUCGGGCCAAUCACUGUUGCAGCUCACGAGCGGGACAGAGGGAGAAGAAGAGAAAGAGAAGGGGUCGGAAUCGUCUUACCAAAUGCACUCUAGUUGUUUGUUUGUCCAGGGAUUCAAUGAGGAGGAGCGAGCACAAAGAG